GGAAAAGCCAGUGGCAGUGGUGCACAGGGUCACAAUUAAGCAGGUAUUCAGGCAACUGCGAAGAGAGGCGGGUCAGCUUGCUCAAGUCUGCAGCUUUGGCUCACUUCGGCACUACUGAUCCAGAAUUGCAUCAGAGUUUUAGAUCUCUUUGAGGGCAAACGUGAAUUGCAGCCAAAGCCCAGUGCUUCUAAGUCGCCUCUUUUUCUAGUAAGAGCGCCAGUACAGGUUUACCUGAACCUUUGGAUUUGCUGGUUUCCUCUUUCAAAUCAGCAUGGCGACCUCUGCUCAGCUUUCAGACUCUCUCCGCCUCACAUCUGCUCCUGUGGUCUUCACUCGAUCAGACACUGGCACAGUCUUUCCUCAGCCUUCCACUUCUUACCCUGUCUCCACGUACAGAACGCCCAUCCCCCGUCCCUUCAGAGGAGCACUUGCGCAGCCAACGAAAGCCGCCCCAGUCUCCCCUUUCUUCGAGAAAGAGCACGCGCUCCCGCGCGGUUGCUCUGACGAGCGUGAACACAGCGCGGCGCCAUCUGGCGCUGAUGGAGCGGCCCCACUGGGUGACGAUCGGGACAUCCGCCUCCCGGAGCUCAAGCAGGUGCUCUCGUUGCUGGAGAAAAAGUGGGCAGAGCGGGAAGGCGGUGUGAAAAGGUCUGGUCCAGGGAACGUGUACUUGGUUGGAACGGGCCCUGGGGAUCCUGAUUUAUUGACGGUGAAAGCGCUCAGGCUGAUGCAGAGUGCGGAUCUUGUCUUGUAUGACCGGUUGGUGUCAGCCGAGAUUCUGGACAUGGUCAGCGACAAGGCGCGGCUGCUGUAUGUGGGCAAGACGGCGGGGUAUCAUACGCGGACACAGGAUGAGAUCCACGAGCUGCUUCUCAGCUUUGCUGAGGCGGGCGCUACAGUCCUGCGCCUCAAGGGGGGCGACCCGCUUGUCUUCGGAAGGGGUGGGGAGGAGAUGGACUUUCUCGAAAUGAAGGGCAUCCACGUGCAAAUUGUUCCGGGCAUAACGGCGGCCUCUGGAAUCUCGGCAUCCUUGGGGAUCCCCCUGACUCACCGGGGAGUGGCAAACAACGUUAGGUUCCUCACGGGGCAUUCUCGGAAGGGGGGGCACGAUCCCCUGUUCGUGGCGGGGGGGGCAGCGGACCCUGACACGACGCUUGUGGUUUACAUGGGGUUAGCCACGUUACCCGCUCUGGUAACCCGGUUAGUAGAAAACGGGUUACCAGCGGAUACGCCGGCGGUUGCGGUCGAGCGGGGGACGACUCCCGAGCAAAGAACGGUGUUUGGGGAGUUGACACAGUUGCACGAUCUGGUAGAAAAAGCACAGCUGGUGUCACCGACGUUGAUCAUGAUCGGUCAAGUGGUGGCCCUCUCGCACCUGUGGCCGCAUGGAGCGAAGGCGGACGUCGGGCGGAUCUCGGGAAAGGAGCUGCCAAUUGGGCCACGGGAUAGGGCGCUUCGGCCAGCAGAGGAUGUGGCCUGCUCUUGAGUUCCAGUACGGGGGAUUUAAGCCGGCUUGGGCUCUGGACACAGCGUGGUGUAAGGUUGAGGGAACGGUGUGAAGUAUGGACAAAAGCUGAAAUCUGUGUGUAAUUUUUGGAGAUAGGUAGUCUGCUUAAGUGUUGCUGGUGAAUUUCGGUGGCAGAUGUAUUGCAUUCACGCAGCACGUGCUUUGUGCAUCCACAGCUAGGAGCUAGUACAGUCUCUGCAUGAGGGCUCUUACAAUGUUAUAAAUACCUUACUAAUUAGCCUGUCCUUAAGGUUAACUAGGAUAAGUACGUCACUCAGUAGUACGGUAGUGGGUAGAGGUUAUGAGAGGGAUGCUUCUUUCUGUGCAACAUAACACAGAGUGGCAAACGUUUGGAUAGCAGCAAACAUUUCAGUCGCAAAGAGGGCUUGAAGCAAUUGAUCAAUGAGUCUGGGCCACAUUGGCUUAGUACUAAGGUUGUUGAAGCGCAGUGACCGGUCACACUGACAACUUUUCAAGAGAUGAACAAUUAAUUGGCAUUAAACUUAUACCUUACUUCUCCACAAUUGAAAUAACUUUAUUGACAGUCAGAUAUUGCAUGCGCU